AUGUCGAAUGAAUUCUCUAUCCAGCCUAUUGGGCGCUUUUAUGGCGCCAGUCAGCCAGUCAAACGGCCAAAAGAGUUUGCAUGUUUCUCAUACGAUGAUAAUCACGAAUUCCACCUGGGCGACUCGUCACUGAGAUACUACUACACGCCGCCCUUAGGAGUCGACCUCUCAGAUGGCUACGACAGCUUCAUCAAGCAUGAUGACUCUAAGGCCGAGCACCUCGGCAGUCUACUUAAGACCAUUAAGGCUCACGAAGAAGAAACGGGGCAGAAGAUUGACGCUCAGAUCGUCACAUGGCGUGGUAUGAUGACCAAGAUCAUGGCAUCGCCUUUUGAAGACCGAGACGGCUUCGAGAUGAACGCAACACUAUACCAAGACUGCAUCUUCAUCGAAGAGAACCACGAAUACAAAGUCGCCUCCCAAGCAAAGCAAAACGCUCAACAGCGCCGCGGCCCCAUCCCGCCCGAGGUGAUGCAGUUCUGGGGCUACAAAUUCGAGACGCUCGCCACCCUCCCGGCGCCCUGGGGUGAUACCCCGCGAGCAUACAUCGAGAACCGUCCACGUGAGAUCGUCAACAACAACGCGCAGUACUGCUCCGUCGUGCGCACCGGCAUCGGCGCCACGACCAUCUGCAUUGGCGGCGAGGUCGACGCCGUCUGGGACUCCAAGCCCGCCAAGCAGGGCGCUCCCACGAACUGGGUCGAGCUUAAGACCAGCCUCGCCAUCCGCGACGAGCGCGACGUGGAUAACUUCCACCGCAAGCUGAUGAAGUUCUGGAUUCAGAGCUUUCUCCUUGGCGUGCCCAAGAUCAUUGUCGGGUUCCGCAGCCGCGACGGCAUGUUGACCAGCGUCGAUGAGAUUGAGACGGAGAAGAUCCCGGAUACGGUACAGAGACGCGGACGGGCCAAUUGGAACGGGGAUAUGUGUGUCAACUUUGCGGCCGAGUUCCUUGUUUGGCUUCGUCAGACUGUCAACGAUGACGGGGUCUGGAGGAUACGCAGGCGGCCCGGGAGCCCUAUGAUAGAGGUGUUUAGAAUCGAGGAGGCCGGGCACGGAGAGAUUCUGACGGACGAGUUCAUCAACUGGAGAAUCAAGCUCUCCAUGAAGAGCACCGCCCCGGAGCCAGAACCAGAGGAUGAACCACAGCCGGAACCAUAG